GCCUUCAAACUAUCUAUACCAGUCUAAAAACACCUUUCAAAGUUGAGUAACGUAAUCCUCUUUUCCGCCUCCAAAAAAAUAAAUAAAAUAGAAACAAAAAAAACUUUCUGGUUUCUCCAUAUUAAUCUCUUCCUUAAUCAUCUCCACCUACCAUUUAUGUCUUUUGACGUUCUUAAUCAUCUUCUUAUUUCUGCUUAUUUUCUUGAUUCCUUUUUGUUAAUUUUUUUCCUCUUCUUUCAAUCAACCUUUGUUCAUUGUCUCAAAAAAGAUUGCCUUUUUUGCGACAACCCCAUAUCUCAAUAUCACAUUUCUAAAGUAGUUGUUUGUAUUUUUUUUUGAGAAUUUCCAAGGUGGGUAAUUUAUUUUCUGGGGUUGUUGCUGAUUCUGAUUUUCUCAACGACAAUGAAUUUGGGGUUUAUUUAGUUAGGAAUCAAUCUAUGCUCUCUGACAUUUCCACCAACUUUUUAGGCGAUUGUUUUCGUCAAUCUUUCUCUGUAUUGUUUCUCUACCAUUUUUAUGAUUUUUCGUGAAUACCCUCUUUGGAAACACCUCUAAAAAGUAUCCUUUUUUUAAAAUUUAUUGAAGAAUAGCCUUUUUUGAUUUGUCUCAAAAGUUCAAAUUGGCUUUCUUGAAAUCAUAGAUUUUGGGUACUGUUGAAUUAUUAUAGCCACAAUAUAUUGAAGAAAAAAAAUGUCACCUUUAAGGCAGAGUGCUAGUUCAUCUGCAUCAGAAGAUGACCAAAGGUAUGCAGGAAUGGAUGAAAAGAAGAGGAAAAGGAUGAUUUCCAACAGGGAAUCUGCGAGGCGUUCGAGGAUGAAGAAGCAGAAACUUCUGCAAGAUUUGACAGGGGAAGUGAGCAGAUUACAGGUUGCAAAUAAAUCAAUUGUGGCUAAGAUUGAUGAGACAACAGAAAGAUAUGCAAUUUGUGCUGCACAGAAUAAUGUGUUGAGGGCACAGGCCAUGGAAUUGACUGAUAGGCUCAGGUAUUUAAAUGAUGUUAUUGACAGCACUGGUUUGGCUGCUGAUGUUGCUGAUCCUUUGUUGAAGCCAUUACAGAACCCUUGUCCAAUGCAGCCCAUUGCUUCUUCAGGCUUGUUUAAAUUUUAAUCCUCGUUAUGGCUUGUUGGAUAGCUUUGCUUCCAUUAGUCCACAUCUUAGUAGUUUCCUUGGAUGGUAAUGUCAUGUUAGUUGUGCCUUUGUUGGUUAUGUUUUAGUGUAUGCUGUGUCUGCUUACUCUUAUGAACCAUGUAAAUACCAAGAAUUAGCUUGGAGUUGUUGAAUCAGACGUUUGUAUCUUACAUUCUGGUCUUUGUUUACGAUGAUAUUUACAACGAGGGAUAACUAUUUGUC